CGGGCUUUCAGUGCUUGGCCGGUGUGCGGCGAGUGAGGUUUGUCGACGGUUAUUUGGGGAUGGUAGUUCGCGGACCGCUGCACUGAUGGCCUCGUCCAAAGUGGCGCGUCUGCGCCAGCAGCAGGCGUCGGGCACCGCGUGCAUCACCGGAAAGGAGCCUCUCAUCUCUGCCGAUGCCGGAGACUCCGACAGCGAAAAGGACCGCGGUCUUAAGGACUUCGACAUCAUCAAAACUAUAGGCACUGGUACAUUCGGGCGCGUCUGCCUGUGUCGUGAGAAGUCGACCGGCAAGUACGGCGCCAUGAAGAUCCUCGCCAUUGGCGACGUCAUUCGGCUCAAGCAGGUGGAGCACGUCAAGAACGAGAAAAACAUCCUGCAGGAGGUCCGGCACCCCUUUAUCAUCAGCCUGAGGUGGCACUACCGGGACGACACGUGCCUGUACAUGCUGUUCGACUACGUGUGCGGCGGGGAGCUGUUCUCGUACCUGCGGAACGCGGGCCGCUUCAGCAACAGCACAGCCAACUUCUACACGGCGGAGAUCGUGUUGGCGCUGGAGUACCUGCACAGCCAGUCGGUAGUGUACAGGGACCUCAAGCCGGAGAACCUGCUGCUCGACAGGGACGGCCACCUCAAGAUCACAGACUUCGGUUUCGCGAAGAAACUCACCGACAGGACGUGGACGCUGUGCGGCACGCCGGAAUACCUCGCCCCCGAGAUCAUCCAGUCCAAGGGGCACAACAAAGCUGUCGACUGGUGGGCUCUGGGAGUACUCAUCUACGAGAUGCUGGCAGGCUAUCCACCGUUUUUCGACGACAACCCUUUUGGAAUAUAUGAAAAAAUUCUUGCUGGUAAAAUAGAAUGGCCUCGUCACCUAGACCCAGUAGCCAAAGAUCUCAUUAAGAAGCUGCUAGUCCAAGACAGAACUAAAAGACUGGGAAACAUGAAGAAUGGAGCAGAUGAUGUAAAGAGGCACAGGUGGUUCAAAGGAAUUGAGUGGCAAGACGUUUUCUAUAGGAAAUUGAAGCCACCUAUCGUGCCUCGCAUCAGCUAUGACGGGGACACGCGGAACUUUGAUGAGUACCCUGAGGCUGACUGGAAAGCAGCGCCCAGCGUAGCCGAGGCUGAUCAGAAGCUCUUCGAUGACUUCUGAACCUCUGCAGUGACAUGCUCGUGUGUGUGUGACAAUGUGUGUGUAAAUUAUCUUCAGAACACCAAGACUUAUGUGGCACACAAAUGUGUGCCUUCAGCUGCUUAAAUUAUAGGGACGCCGUUAUCGCCCCUGAGUCUCUGUUCAUCUAUUUCCUCAUCAAGUGCAUCAGUUGUGAUAGAGGUGGGGGUGGCUACCACGAUGCUGUACCUAAUAUGAUAUAUACGUGGCACCUUCCAACUUUAGCUUAGUGGGUAUUCCUAGCCAAGAUGCAGGAAUCAAUGAGUUGUUUGUGUUCAGAAUUUUAUUUAUAGAACAUAUAUAUAAUUAAAGGGGAGCUAUAUGCAGCUUCUGCUUGAACCAUUGCUUUGCUUGUUCAGAGAUUAAUAGCUAUUCUCUGAAGUGGUUUUGUGUGCUUUAACGGAGGUAUGAUACCUGUCAUCACAAAGACUGUUUUUAUCCAAUAUUACGUCAUGUGAUGCAUCAGAUAUUUUUUUCAGCAAAGAUAAAAAUACUGACAACCAGAUCUACUGGUACAUUUAGGACACUGACUGCUAGUAAAUACUGUUAAAAUUCUGUGGUUGCUUUUUUUCUGCUAAGGAAAUCAGAUUAAUAAGUUUAAUGUUUUGUAACAUGUUUUGCUGGCUAAUUUCAGAAUUACAGCUGGUGUUCAUGCCUGUGGCACUAGUUAAUAGUUUCAUCUGUUAUAUGUCUUUGAGCAUGAAAAUGUGUUGCAGUGUUGAAAUGGGUUUCAUAUAUGAGAGAAACAAGCUGUGUACUUAUUGUGUUUUCUGACAGGGUUCUAAUUACAGUUUUUCUACAGAUUUGGUGUACACUUGAUGACACUAUUAAAGUUUAAUUAGUAAGUAUGUGACAAAGAUGACUUAUGUAACAGCCAGUUUCACAAAUACUUUGCUUGACAUUCCCAACCCCAUUACCCAUCUUCUAAGACUUUCACAUGGUACUGAAAGAAAAUGAUAAGAAAAACAAAUUCUCAUACUUGGUUAGCAGCAAUUUCCUGGCAAGAGAGUAAGUUUACCAAUCAGUCUAGUUCUGUUGGUCUUUCCUUUUAUAUAUUUGGAAUCUUUUUCCACUGUAACAGUAAUUAAUUGAGGUACACUUUAUUAUGAGAACUGUCAGUAUCUUGAACAUUUUAUUGUUUAUUGUAUGUUUGGGACAAUAACUGCAGAAUAAUUUUUGGAGGGUUUUGCUUGUAAAAUGACAAAUUAAGCACUAAUUACUGCAUAUGACAAGAAAGUAAUUCUAGUCUUUUAAAGUUUAGAGGAUAUGUCUGAAAUAUUAAUGAGAAGAAACAAUUCUGUGACCGGACAAACCAAGGAAAAGCAGUUGAAGCCAGAAAAAAUUAGAAUGCUGUUGUGUUUCCAUUAUGCAGUGCAUAAAUCAGUAUGUUAGAUAAUUAAUGUUUAUAAAUUCUAAAGAACAGAAACUAAUUUUUUGAAAAAGUACAAAGUUGAUAAAGUAAAUUAAUUUGAGAGGACAUUUAUGUAAAAAUUAUGUAAAUAAAUGUUGUUUAUAUAUAGA